AAACACUCGGCCACGCACCAGCCUGUUAGGCUUGUAUAUGAUGCUGAUUCUUUUACUGAUUUUUCUCAUUCUCUAUCCUUCAACCUGGACAUUGACCAUGACGACGACAGCAGUAGAGGAAGGCCUGGCCGAGAAGGAAGCCAUUGUUCAUCCACAGCAGCAGGUUGAUCCACAGCAGCAGGCUCAUCCACAGCAGCCAUACUCGGCCAUCCCCCCAUCGCGUCGCCAUUUCAUCCUAGGGCUGAUCACAGUGGCAGGCUUCUUUGGCCCCCUGGCCGGGAACAUCUACCUGCCCGCACUGCCCGUGCUGGCGCGCGACUUCAAGGUGACGACGACGGACAUCAACCUCACUGUCACGGUGUUUAUGGUGGUCUUUGCAUUUGGCCCUCUCUUUUGGUCCAGUCUGGCGGACUGGCAAGGCAGGAGACCGCUGUACAUCAUAUCGCUGCUCAUCUACAUCCUCGCCAAUGUCUUGCUGGCAGCCCUGCCCGCCAACUACGGCGCAUUGAUCGUCCUCCGCAUCCUGCAGGCGUUUGGCUCUUCCGCCGUCAUGUCCAUGGGAGCCGGCACAGUUGCUGAUAUGGUUGAGCCCAAACGACGCGCAAGAGCCAUGUCCUACUUCCUCUUCGGCCCCCAGUGUGGCCCCAUUCUAGGCCCGGUGCUUGGGGGUGCCUUUGCCGGCAGCGCCAGUUGGCGAUGGAUCUUUGGCUUUCUCGCCAUUGCCGCCUCUGUCUUAUGGGUCGUUCUCCUCUUCGGUCUGCCUGAAACCCUCCGCGCCCGUGUCGGCAAUGGCCGCGUGUACGAGGACCAGGGCUUCAUCCUGUCCCCCCCCCGGCUCUCCUCGGUCCUGGUGCCAGAGUCCGAACGGGGGCCGGCACCCCCCAAGCCCAGUCUAAAGGGCUACUGGCGUCUCUUCUCAUACCCCCCCAUCGGCAUCGUCAGCAUGAACACCGCCGUUCUGUACUCCUCAUACUUUUGCAUUGCCAUUCAACUGCCCAUCGCCCUGGAGAAUGUCUACCACUGGUCAACCGCAGAGGUGGGUGCCGGCUAUGUUGUUGUCGGCACCGCCAUGGUCAUCGGGUCCAUCGCCGGCGGCCGCUUCUCGGACUGGCGCAGGGCACAAGCCGUCAAGGCACUCGGCGAGGACAAGGUGCAUCCGGAGGCAAGGCUGAAUGAUCAGGUCUGGGGCCUGCUUCUGGCCUCGUCUGGCUUGCUCAUGUUUGGCUAUUUUGUCGACUACGCCAUCCAUCCAGCAGCGACCUUGAUUGCCACUUUCUUGGUUGGCUUUGGCAUGUCUUGGAUGUUUGUCGCUUCCAAUGCCUUCCUGACCUCCUGUAUCCCCCGACAAGCCGCCGCGGCCUUUGCGUUGGGCAAUCUGCUACGCAGUCCAGCUGCUGCCGUUGCCGCUGCCAUCAUCGGGUCCCUGGUCAAGUCCAUGGGCUGGGGCUAUUGCUUCCUGGGACUGUGUCUCUUGAAUCUCGUGGGGAUUGUCUAAACACUGUGGAGGAGAUACAGGUAGAAUCUUGCUAGUCUCUACUUCCGCCCAGUCGCAAACAGUUGAAAAGCAAUAAAUCUACUUAGAACACAUGAAAAAGUACACAGCUGUACUAUUCCUUACUCUAUACCUUAAAGCUUCAAU